UGCACGUUUCGAUCGCGACAUCGUGGACCUUUCUCGACCUUUCGAAAAAUCAGUUCACUAAUCCUUCCAAAAAUUAACAGUCUGUAAACUUCGAUCCUAUAAAGUACAUACCAAAAUGAUCUAUUCAAGGAUCAAAGAAGCCAUCAUCAUCGAAAAAUUUCCAAGAACCUCCAAGACCUUCUGCUAAAAAAAGAAGAUUCUAAAUUGAAAAUGAACAGACUACAGAUAUUUCUAGAAUAGAAUCAAAAGCUCUGGUAUUGUCAGGAAAGGUUUUGGAAGCCAGAUUUGGGAACCUUGAGUGAUCAGUGAAAAAUGAAAGCCCAGGAGUUGAUGAUCCCAUCGCGUGAGAGAAGCUUUUCUUCAAUUUAGAAAUAUUAAAAAUCGACGAUGAAGGAAAGUGAAGAGUGAUAAUUGGAAGUUCCUGACAGAUCAUGCAGCUAAGGGUCUCUGCUUGUCGGUACGUGCUGCUGAUAACGGUGGUUUCUACGAUCAAUGGGACCUACGGUCACCACGAAAUCUCCAAUUACAGGUCCCAGAGGACUCUUGAAAUUCCUAGAAACAUGAGAUACAGUAAGACAAUUCCGGGGCUUCUAGUGGAUCAAAGACUCUUCGUGAAUAAUAACGGAUUCGGGAAUAACCGCAGGGAUGGUAUUUUGCUGGAUGAGAUUCCUGGAGAGGAAGACCACCUCUUGAAGGUUCCGGGCAGCUCUAGGAACAAGUACGUUCGUCAAAAUCGAGCCAUUGAGAGUACAGUGCAUAAUGUGAUCGAUAGGGAUUUUAUCAGAGGUAAUUCGAAGGAUUACAAGAAUCCGAGUAAUGGGUUUGUUCCCUAUCCACAAGAGGAGGAUCGAUUUCCUUCUGCGAGUAUCCAGAGUGAGGAGACUGCAAAUUGGAACUCUGGGUUUGAGGACCCGAAGGACUUUGUUGGUGAGAGUGAGGAUGAGGGGUUGAAGUUGGAGGAGCUUUUAGAUGAACUUAGUAGACAGAGGGUUCAUGGGGAGGUGGAAGAUUCGAGGACUGGUACCGGCCCAAGACAGGGGAGGAGGAGGAAGCUCACUAGUCAGGAGCAGGGAAUUCUUCUCGUGGAGGCUCUGAGGAAGAAGCGAAAUUUUACGUCUUAUGCUAACGACCAUCGUGGUCACGGAUCUGAUAUUCAGAGCGGAAUUAUGGACAUGCUUGGCAAAAUGAUACCACAAACAUGUAAAUACAAGGGCGCGAAAUUCGAAUGUGGCCUUAGUAUAAGUUGUGUCCUUGGAGGCGGUCGUCCGGUUGAUCUCUGUUCCGGAGGUAUGAUUUGGAGCUGUUGUGUGGAUGAUGAUGAUAUUCCCGAAAAAGUCACGAAACCCAGCGUAGGUCUUCUCCAGAAUGCCACUUUCUCGCUAAAUUUGGCGAAUCAGCGCCCAUACAUGGAUGACGAAGUAGAAAUAUACAAUAAUGCGAUGCAUCCUAGUCCUGGAUACACUCACACAUCUCACCGACCCUCGUACGUUUACUCUGUAACCACACACAAUCCACCAAGUAACAAACCAUCGUAUUCACCAUGGACUCAAACUCGCCCGAGUGUAUCUUCUCUCGAUCCUUUUUCAAAUCGACCCGAAGGAGGAUUCGAUCCUGGGGAUUACGAGAACAACUAUCAGCAAACAUCGUCUUCUGGUUGUGGCGAACUCUACACUAGAAGUAAUAGAAUCGUGGGUGGUCAUAGUUCUAGUUUUGGCAGUCAUCCGUGGCAGGCCGCUAUAAUUAAAUCAGGAUUCUUGUCGAAAAAGCUCUCAUGUGGAGGAGCUUUACUCAACAAUCGAUGGAUUGUAACUGCUGCUCAUUGUGUUGCCACGUCUCCGAACAGCAACUUAAAAGUCAGGCUUGGAGAAUGGGACGUCAGGGACGCCUCAGAACGAUUACUCCACGAAGAAUACACCAUUGAGCGAAAAGAGGUACAUCCUCAAUAUUCGCCGGCAGAUUUCCGGAAUGAUGUGGCCCUCAUAAAACUAUCAAGGACUGUCGCCUUUAAGCAGCAUAUCGUGCCAGUUUGCUUGCCGGCCAGAAAUCUGAAACUCUCAGGUCGAGCUGCUACGGUUGCUGGUUGGGGACGAACUCGACACGGUCAGGUUUCAGCACCGACGGUUCUUCAGGAAGUCGAAGUCGAGGUGAUUCCAAAUGAAAGGUGCCAAAGAUGGUUCAGAGCAGCAGGAAGAAGAGAAACUAUCCAUGAUGUUUUCUUGUGUGCUGGAUACAAAGAAGGUGGAAGGGAUUCCUGCCAGGGAGACUCCGGAGGUCCACUGACAAUGUCCGUUGAAGGCCGUCACGUCCUGAUUGGUCUUGUAUCUUGGGGAAUUGGUUGCGGACGUGAGCAUUUGCCGGGAGUUUACACCAAUAUCCAGAAAUUCGUACCCUGGAUUGACAAAGUUAUGAGCUAACAAAUUCUCCCCAUUUUUCCAAAAAGAAAAAAAAAUACAACUCAGAAAAUACCAUCUUAGGAAGAAGAAUCCCCUAAGUCUGUAGUUUAAAGGUACCAAAGUUUCUGUCUAUCUCAAACUGUUUUCAAAUUUUCGAUAAAGUCAUUUACAACCUAAGACUUUCAAGAAAAAAAAAUGAAAAUUUGGUUAGGCAAAAAUAAAAUCAGGUGCAAAAUGAGAAUUUAUCGCAUUUAAAAAUGCUCUUAUUUAUUGAAUGUAAUUAUAAAAUUUACAGAAUAUUUAUUGAAGUACAUAUAUUUUUUCGAAUAAAUGAAUUAGAAUUCUGCUAUUUGUUAUUGUAUGGCUUUUAGAGAAAUUAAUAAGCUUUGAACAUUUUCAAGCUGAAUUUUGCACUGAAUUAGGAUUUCGUGCUAUCUGCACUCAAAAAUAAUAAUAAUGAUCAAAAAUAAUUUUGUGAAUCCAAUUUCACUACUGAUUUUCUACGAAGUAUUGUUAUUUAUUGAUAAAAGGCCAUUCGAUCUUUUUCAACCCUGACAUCAAAAUUCAGAGUAUUGCAGUUUGCAAUUUCAAGAAGAUUUUUUAAUAUCAUUACACAGAAUCCUUCUAUUUUCAUUGACUCGCCAUGAUUGAAUCGUGUAAAAAUAUUUUUAUACCAACGACAAAAUACAGCAUGUGUUCAGCAAACAUUUAAUAAAAAAUUGUGGUAUAA